AGCAUGAGCAGGCAGGGUGAUCCGUCGCCGCCGCCACCCAAACAUCCCCUCGUGGGGUAGUCGAGAGGCGCAUCUGGCAUGGUGCACAUCCGCAAGGGCGGGUGGCGCACCCCGCUCCUGCUGCUCGGGGCCCUUGUCGUCUGCCAGCAGGUCGUCCUGCCCUCGGAGGCUGCGUGGCUCGACCAGGCCAGUCCUGAUGUAGUCAAACAAUGGGCCGAGCGGUUGGGCAAAACCCUGUCCGACAUGGGCCGCAAGGUGACCAGGGUGAACGACAUCAAGAAGAUGUACAAACAAAUCGGCGCGACCAUCAAAAAGAGGGACGGCGACACGCUCAUCAAGGAGAUCCGACAGGACAUCGAGGAAAUGGUCCAGCAGAAGAUGGAUGCUGUCAAGUGCAUCAUGGAGUGGGCUGAGGAGGAAUCAUACGUGCCUCACGUGAGGUGGGAAGACCUGCUGCGGGAGGAGGACGAAGACGGCGGCAUGUUCGCCUACCGCAGCGCAAAAUUUUCGCCACUGGGCACCGCCGAAGAUUACCCCCAACCGACUCCUGAACCCCCGUUGAACUACACAACAGGCAUUGCCCAUUAUCGCAAAAAGGUGCCCCCGGUCUACUACCAGCCAAUAGAACUGGAGCCUGAUCCGCACUUUUUCAACAUCCCUGUCAACACUAGCUUCAGCACGGUCCACGUGCCAACCAACGUGUUUGACAGAGCUCCGGAGGUAAUAGAGGCGAUCCAGUGGUCGCGAAAGAUUGACCCUGUUUUCGAGGCCAACUUUGCGGCCGACCCGACGCUGACCUGGCAGUAUUUCGGCAGCGCCAAGGGAUUUAUGCGCACCUAUCCAGGAAUGAAGUGGAAAUCGGACGGGGUGGAUCUUUACGACUGCCGAAUGCAGCCGUGGUACAUUUCGGCCGUGACCUGCAGCAAGGAGGUGGUCAUCCUGGUCGACACCUCUGGCUCCAUGACGGGCAUGAGGUUCAGCAUCGCCCGAUUGGUCGCUCAUUCUCUUCUGGACACUUUCACCAGCAACGACUUUGUCUCCGUCCUGGCUUUCUCAGACACGGUCAAAACGCCAAUCGAGUGCUUUGAAAACAUGCUUGUCCAGGCCACCAAGGAAAACGUGCAGGCGCUUAAGGAAGCUUUGGACAAUGUAACCAUCGAGGGCUAUGGGAACUUCACCAUCGCCUUUUCCGCAGCGUUCGAGCUCCUCGAGUCGUACAGAGAUGGCAGAGAUCGAGAGGGUUGCGACAGUUGCAACCAGGCAAUCAUGCUGAUCACGGACGGCGUCCCUAGCAACCUGACCGAGGUGUUCGAGACCUACAACCGAUUCAACGAGACCGGCGAGAUGCAGAUUCCAGUGCGGGUGUUCACGUAUUUGUUAGGCAAGGAGGUCACCAACGUGCGCGAAAUCCAGUGGAUGGCUUGUCUGAAUAGGGGAUGGUACACGCACAUGCAGUCGUUGGAAGAGGUGCGCGAGGAAGCGUUGAGGUACCUGAACGUAAUCGCGCGACCCAUGGUGCUCCAGGGGGAUCAGCACCCUGUUGUUUGGAGCCACGCUUACGUCGAUUUCCAGGACAGAAAAGUGUCUCAGUGGCUCAAAGAUCUUAUGGGCCAACACAUGGACAGAGAAAAUGAGUUAGCCUAUACGCAGGCUGAGGAGGACCGGCGCUUUGUCAUCAAAUCGGACGAUGAGAGUAUUAAGUCGAGAAAGGUGCAGCAAUUUCAGUUGCUGACGUCCGUGUCCAUCCCGGUAUUUGAUAAGCAUGGGAAUCUGAGAGACAACGCGAGCGUCUCCGCCGAGCUGCUGGGCGUCGCGGGUGUCGACGUGCCGAUUAAAUUGUUCCACGAGAGGACCAGACCAUACAAGAUCGGCGUGAACGGUUACGCGUUUCUGGUCACCAACAAUGGCUACAUUUUGAUGCACCCGGAGCUAAAGGCCGUGGUUCAAGGUUUUGCUCGCGACAAUUUCAACAGCGUUGAUUUGACUGAAAUAGAAAUGGUUGAUGACGGAACUGUUGAACCCCGAGAGAAAAACAACGACACUUUAUUGUUGCGGAACAGCAUGGUGGCCCACGAAGAGGGCAACCUUUUGGAUAUAAAAAUAAAGGUUGCUUUGGAUGAUCAACGACGCUUGACGGUGGAGACCCGCGACUUUUUCUACUCUCCAGUGAGUGGCACGCCAUUCUCACUUGGAGUCAGUUUGCCGCCUAAUUAUGGUACCUUCAGCAUAGAAAUCGGUGACAAAUUCCGGAAAAUGGAAAAAGCUGGGAUCACUUCGGCAAAUUAUUUCCACGGCAACAACUGGCGCGUCCACCCUGAUUGGGUUUACUGCAGGUAUGCACAUGAUAACAUCAAGAAUUUCACCACUCCUGAGGAGCGGAUGAUGCACUUUUUCAAAAAGAAGGAUAAGGAAGAGGACAAAUGGAAGUGGAUUUCUGACCCUAUCGCACCGUUCAGUCCAGAGUGGGGUGAACCUGAUUACUCUUGUGGAAGGGGUCCUAUUCCUGAGGACCACUAUUAUUGCGAUGAAGAGCUGAUUUUGGGACUGUUGCUUGAGGCAAAGGCUGUUAAUAACUGGUAUGGUACCGAUAACUGGGAUCUCAGGGAUAAAAAUGAACGCGAACCAGUGGAAUAUUUUAACAUUUCCAUGCGUUUCAUUGCAACACAUACGGGUCUGACACGGUGGCAACACGCCGCUGAAACUGGUGCAAUCGAAAGUCACUUCGGUGACUUCAAUAAUCGCGCCAUCGACGAGGACUGGUACAAGGCCACUGUUUUGCUCCACGAAGAAAGUCCGGAUUCGCUUUUGUUGAAUGUACCUUUUGAAGCCGGAAGUGACCCUGACCUUGCCGUUACUGCUUUCACCGCCAUUUACCAUCAGGACGGCGGCCACGAGGUUCCGGCCGCGGUCGCCGGCUUCAAACUUCCCAUUCACAAACUUCACCAACAUCUGUAUGCAAUUACGGAGAAUCUCGCUUCCCCCUCUUGUGUCAAUAGAACCGGAAGCACCGAAUUGUGUGGUUGCGCGUCUGAAGAAAUCACCUGCUACCUUUUGGACACAAACGGAUAUGUUGUUGUGUCCGACGAGUACAACGACACGGGUAGAUUCUUCGGAGACGUCGCUCCCGACGCAAUGGUGGCGCUCAAGAAAAUCGGAGCCUACAGACAGAUGGUCCUCUACGACUAUCAGGCCACUUGCAUCAACCAAACCAUUGUCACUUCUGGUGCCGCUGAAAUUUUCUUGGCGCCUGUUCGUUGGGUCCAAGGUCUUUUGAGCUACAUGGUGGGCCAGUUUUUGCAAAUAGCAGUCAACAAUUACAUGUGGACCCCCGUUGAAGCUCAAAAUACGUUUUACGAGGAUUACGACGAGGAUCUGUCUCAAGAGGAGAAGGCCGAGGAGGAUGAACGCAGACCUGUUUACACAUACGCAAAAGUGGACAGCAAACCUUGCGACAAAAUGCGUCUCUUGGCGUUGCUCAAUAUGACCGCCAAAGAAGAGCCCCUGGUUUACGAAGAUCCCAAGCCGGAAAUUCUCCUGAAUUCAACAGAUUUAGUUGAUCUGGAUUACGCCGAAGCGCCUCAAAAUGAUCAGCCGGAGCCAAAGGAAGUUGAAGAAAUCGAUGGGGUCGGUGAAGGAGAAGUGAAGUACGAAACCGAAAACACUGACACUGAGAACAACGAAGAAGAGGAGGAGGAAGCAACAGAGGAAGCAACAGAGGCUCCGUUUGUUUUCCAAAGCAGAUCUGUCAUUGCUAAGCGAGUUCCAAACACAAACCUGCUGCUAGUUGUGGUGGACAACCUCAGUCCAGAGAUGGACCCGGGACCUGAGCGCUGGUCGGCCAGUCCUGAGGUCGUCGACUACCAAAACCAGAGCUUCCCGUGCUACAAAUUGCAAUACAACGACUUGCGGCGGCGCCCGCUCGAAGGAUGUCUCUCUUCGCACAAACUAGAGUCGGAAAUCGACAAGUGCGGACGCGCCACUCCCUCGGGAGCCUCACUCGGCCUUGGCCUUUUGGCGAUUUCCUUGGUCAUCUCCAUGCUCAGAGUGGAAUCCUUGCUCUUUUAAAACGAACUCUCUAUCUAUCUCUCUCACCUCUAAGGACUGUUUUUAUAUAAAAUAUUUAAAAAUGAUUGUGAGAAGAAAAUUCGGCCCCAACUCAAGACGAGCUAGGUGGCUCUGGAAAGUAGCCUAAUCAAAUUCUACAAAUCCGCUUCCAUCGAUCGUUAUAGACAUUAUAAUUAUAUGAAGUUUCAUUGAUUAUUUAUUGUAUUUUGGGUGUUGAAUGAGAAAGAAAAAUGAGCGACGAGUAUUUUGAACCAAUUGAUCUUCCUGUUAUAUUCUUAAUGUUCAAUUUUGACUAAUAAAGCGUAAAAUGCACAAAAACUAA